GCGAAACUCUUCCAGAGAUUACAGAUUUGUACAGAGACUCCCAACAAAGCAAACGGUUUAACUGAACUUCUCCCAAUAUACUUUUGCCAGGAUAUUUGUCUUUGCCGGAACUUUUUUUUGGAGUUUUUCCUUUUUGGGAUUUGAACUUUUUCCAGGUGGUUUGCUAGCCCCCUCCUUCAGCGGGGGCUGUGAGAACCUAUCCCAUGAUGCGAUCACUUUUCCCGGUUACCCUGUGUUGCAUCAGCCUGCUCUUUCUGCAGCAGCGGCUCCUUGCUUUACCGGCUGGAUCCCGUCCGGACAGGAACAGCUUGGAUUCCCUCAAGACGCUCCAUGAGGUAGAAGAAGGCGAGAACUUAGUCCCAGGGACCACCGAAAGUCCCACAGCUGCCCUCUACGACGUCCAGGAGGCCAGGCGUGACUGGUGGAAGCGGCGUCUCUUCAAAGCACCCCUGCCGAAACGAGCCGCCGAGGCUCCCCUCCACGGCGAUGACCCCCCACAGGCAGACGGCACUGCCGCCGCUGAACUCCAACAGAGGGCGCCGAGAGGCCGCCGCCACACGCACACCGGCGCGCGCGGCCACCACCACCACCCUCAGCUGAUGCGCGUGGGCUGCGUUCUGGGCACCUGCCAGGUGCAGAACCUCAGUCACCGGCUCUACCAGCUGAUUGGCCAGAGCGGGCGGGAGGACUCCUCCCCCAUAAACCCGAAGAGUCCGCAUAGUUACGGAUGAGCCGCCCGGAACCGCUCCAAAGCAGACACACAGAAAAACAGCAGCGCGUCAAUUUAGAUAUUUAUCUGUUUUGUAUUGCAGAUAGCUUUUGCGUAUAGAUGGAUGUAAUCCACUCCUUUCCUUCCUGUCUUUGUGAAAAGACACUUGAUAUGGUAUUUAAAACAUUUGCUGUGCCUUCUUCCUCCCUAAGCAACCAGAUGACAUCGGUAAUGGCAGAUGUGUCUUUCGGGGAAGUUAUUUGGGAUGACUGAAGUGGGCUGACUGAGACAGCUGGACCUCCUGAUACGCUCCUGAUCCAUGAUGCCUCUGGCUGUUUUUGAGAACCAUUGCUUGCUUUUCAGACAUGCUCACUAAGACACAUUCCAGCUCUGUCCAGGGGAUUGGCAGUGAGACAUUUUAGCUUUAUGUCCAAAUCCUAUUACUCUGAGAAUAAAGGCUAAGGUUCGCCAACCUUAUCCCCAAGAUCACAGCACUUGACAGGAUAUGCCAAACGCAACCCUCCCCCCCAGUGUUUUCCAAGGCCUGUAGCUUACGCAUCAUUGAUCAAAUGUGUAAGCUUUUACUGUGGACUUUCACCAGGGGUUACGUUCAAGCUCCUUCACACCAUAGGUCAGGGCAUUACAAGGGAUUAGUGGAGUUUACUUUUGCACCCCCUACCUCAUCCCACCCCAC